ACUCAAAAAAUCUAAAACUAGAUUGUAUUCAACAAUUGUUGUUAAAGUCGUUGAGUAUAUCAUUGUCUAUAGAGCUAAAAUUGGAACAUGAGACAAGUGAAGUGUUUGUUCUUGGACAAAGCGAUAUAGUGGAGUUGUGUAUGGGUAAUCGAGAGUUGUGCAUCACUAUUAUACAAAUAUGGUUGACAUAUAUGCAUCGCCUUUGUAUUGACUUGGGCAAGAGUGGCGUGUAUGGAUUCGUUGAUCCGUGUUUCAUUCAGAGUGAAUGUGAUUCUAUUGGGGCUCAAAAGUACAUACAAAAUAAGUUGCAGCAGGAUCAAAAAGAGUGUUAUCUAUUACCUUAUCUCAACAAUUGUCAUUGGCAAUUGCUCGUUAUUUGUCCUAAGAAGAAUACUAUAGUCUUCCUAUGUUCAUUGGGAAGGAAACCAAAUAAAAAUAUCACGCACAUCGUCGAUUUAGCUUUGGGUGAAUAUAAUAAGUCGCGAAGAUUAAGAAAGAACAAGCCCACAUGGAGCAUUCCCAUUUGUCAAAGACAACCUAAAGGUUAUGAGUGUGGUUACUAGAUUAUGAUACAUAUGUUGAACAUUGUAUCUAGUGGUCUUGUUGAUUCAUGGAUGCUGG